AUGAAACCUCGCCUUAAAUUUUCUUGGUUUAUUCAGAAGUUCAAUAAGCUUAGGAAGCUCUCAAGUUUGCUGGCAAAGCACAGCCCUCCUCCUUCGACAUCACCUCCACAACCUCCUGCCGACAACCAAAAAACCACUGAGACAAUGGCUCUUCAUACAGGAGGCACAGAUCUAAGCGAAGACGAAAUGUCCUUUGACGAUCUAUGGGAUAAGGCUGCGAAAUACUUUGAAGACGUUUGCGGAAAAUCACUCCGUGAUGGCGACCUACGAACCUUUGACGACGUUCAGAAGCAGAUUGAAAAGCAGAACCAAUUGUACUCUGAUAGCGACGAUAAAUCGAAAAAACAGACACCCUUCCCUCUAGCGGCCGAAAUGACAAGCAGAGCACUAGACUUUGUCCUAAGUGUCCCACAGCAAAAUCACGAUUACAAUGAAGCUGUGGACAAAGUCUUUCCACAUGUCUCUACUGCUCUUGCAGAGUUCAAGAUCUAUCGUAAGAUAGAUAACAAACCUCUCUUACCGGAAAUACAUCAUGUCCUCAGUUGUUUCGUGAGGCUCUGUGCUCUGGUUGUCAAGCACCAUCAAGGUGGCAAACGAGCGCUUAUCAAAGGGGUUCUGAAUCGCGCCCUUCGUAUCGAUGACGAGCUGGACCAACAACUUGUGGAAUUCAAUCAGGCAAUGCAAAGUAAGCAUUAUCUUCAAGCAACGAUAACACUUUCUAUGUUGGAAAAAGUACAAGAGGUCACUGGCCAAACAAAUGAAAGAGUCAAUGCCUUGUACGCCGAGCAAGACCGAGCUAAGAUUCUCCGCAAUAUCGGCGACUACCUUGGUAUACCUCCAACAGUUAACAUUGAUAGGAGAUCUACUCAGACACGCCAGGAUAUCUCGGAGAAAUGUUUUGAGAAAACUGGUCAAUGGAUAUGGAAACACCGCGACUAUACCAUUUGGACAGGAACAAAUAGUAAGGCCAAAAGGACAACUAUGCCUCACGUUCUUCUUGUCUUGGGUGCUAAGUCAACGGGCAAAACAUGCACAUGUGCUCAGAUCAUCCAGCAUCUGGAACAGAUGAGAAAUCGGACAUACAUUGCCCACUACUUCUUCCCUGCCGAGGGUGCCUUGAAGAAGGCCAGUGACAGGAAAACAAUUGCAUGGGCUCUCAGAUACAUGGCGUUCCAGAUCGCUCGUGUCGACGCAACAGUGCGAAACUCAUUGGACAAGGCAUGUGGUAAUGAGUCUGUUGCAUUUCGUCGCGACAUAGGAUCUUCCAAAGAAGAGCUUCAUGAACUAUGGAAAAGCUUCGGUAUUGCUCUGCCGGGAUCGAGCGCUACCUAUUAUCUUGUUUUUGACGGGCUCGAAAACCUCACUGCCGAUGAAGUCGAUGCGCUUUUUGGUUUCGUCCAGAAAGCUGGCCCGGGACCAAUGACGACAAGAAACCUGCGAAUUAUCUUGAGCGGUAAGCCCGAGCAAUUCAACGACAGGAGCAUGUUCGACAAGGUAUUGAAGAUUACAAUGGGGGACGAUAGUCAGGAAGACAUGCAAAUUAUCGUUCACGAAGAGCUUGCCCGCAAGAGAGUGUUGGAGAAGUGCUAUGAUGUCAGGAAGCAAUCCGACGCUAGGAAGCUGAUAUUAGACAAAUUGCCCUCAAAGGUUAAAGGGAACUAUGCUGAGCUUCACUUAUGGCUUGAUCGUAUAGCGGGAGCUUUCAACAAUGACACCCCUCUCGAUAGUCUCGCUGAGCUGUUGGACAGACCAACUCAAGUUUAUGAAGUGGUUAUCGACUCUUUGGAAAGGACUUUGACCGCCAAAGAAAUUGAUAAGCUAAACGAACUCCUCAAGCAUAUCAUAUUCAGGCAAUUCCCCCCAACCAUGAAGCAACUCGAAGCAGUUAUGCGUUUACACUUCAAUGAAACAGCGUCGGUAGAAGGCAUUGAUACGAUGGUCAGAAACAGAUACUCAUCUAUCCUGAAGAUCGAGCAAGAUGUGGUUCAAGUCCAAGAGGGAUUCGAGAAAUAUCUCGCCGAGAAAGCAAAAACGUCCUCGUCAGAACAAGAGUCCCUCUCCCAUUCCCCUUCCACUAUUAGCAUGGCUCUCACACUCAAUCAUGUUGGUCGUAAGCGGGCUGCGGAAUACUUCUGGAACCUCACACAGAUGGCGAUGCAACCGAACUUCACUUUUGACUUUACCAACCCGGUGAAGAAGGACAAUCAGAGACAAGGCCAAAUCGCUGUUGACGAAUUCGAGGCGCACCUCGCCAUCGUCAAGCACGCUUUCAAGAACAUGGAUAGCGAGCCGCGAGUCGACCACCAGUCCAACACCAGGUAUCUCGUUGAAUGGUUACCUCACCACCUUUUUCGGUUGCGCGAGCUUGAAAAUCAGAGUCAUCAUGGUGUUCUGCUUGCCCAUCAACAGCGCGAGAUUGGAGAAAAUCUGUAUAAACUAUUCACUGAUGGUUCAGUGUUUCAACUGCAUAAGUCGGCCUUUGAACGAGUAUAUUGGACAUCAUUCGAGAUGGAAACCUUACAGGAAUGGCUAGUGGACUCAGCUGUGAGGCGACAGGACAAAGAAUGGUUUAAGAAUGUCCUCUCAGCCCGUAAUGUGAUAGAAGGGUAUCUCAAAGAGUUUAUCAGGUGGGUGAUCACAGAGUUCUUGAGGGACAGAACAUGGGACGCAUCAAUGGCAUAUCGUUGGAUCGAAGAGUUCAUGGAGAAAGAUUCUGAGACGAUUUCGCUUGUCGAGGAGCCUAUCAACGCUGAGUUCAGUGGCAAAUGGGCUCAGGUAAGCGAAUGGUGUCGUAAGGCUCUAGACCUAACGGUGGAAUCUCUUGACUCACUCUGGUAUGAGCGUCUUGCCAAAGCCGCAUCACUAGAAGAUGGAUAUGAGUUGCACUUAUCCAUUCCAAUCUAUCGGUGUGCCAUAGGCCGGGCGAAUCCAAGCUGGCUUUGCUAUCGAGAUUAUGGGAUCAUUCAGCACAGACAAGGUCAAGCGGAAGAAGCCAUGAAGAACGUCAAGAAGGCUUUGAGUAACGCAAAGGCAUCAAAUGCCGAUCCGAAACCGAGCGAGAGUGAUAUCACAGAGCUCAAUCUACUUCUCGGUGGCUAUGCCUAUGAAACCGGGAGUAUGGAAAGUGCAGAGACAUACUACACAUCGGCAUGUGACAAGGGGGAUACCGACCAAGCUCUGAAAGGACUGUUAGGCUGCCUCAAGAUCAAGCUUAACACUCUUAGUUCUCAGGAAAUGAGGAUAUGGCUUCGUGGCAGGCUUUGUGGAGACGAUCAGCAAGGGGAUAUGUGUGGCGUCUUGGAACUGAUGGCUGGAGAUCCAGACCACCACAACCUUUUCCCCAUGAUGUUCUCUGUUUUCAAAAAGGAUCUCGGUAUGUUGCAGAAAGUAGUAACCAUCAUGGCAAGUGGGUCACAUGGGUUCGAAAGGCCAGACAAUGGCGUAGCCAAAGCUUCUGGAUUGGCAAACAACUCGACUGAACAGGGGACGGAUGGAAUAUUGCUUUACUAUGCGGGCGUUGCAGCAUAUGGAAACAAUCAACUGUCAAAUGGCCCGGGAUCUACCUUCGACGCGAUAUCUCUUUGGGUUGCUAGUCGUGACGAGCUGGAAACUAUUCGCAGCGACAACGCUAUCAUUAUCCGAUCAAACGCAUCUGCGGCCUUGGCACGUCAUUACUUUCAACUCAUGCUGAGUAACGACGAAUAUUAUGAAGUCUACAAGCGAAAACUCGAAGAUCUGAAGCCCGAUGACUGGAAAUUCGAUGACUUGUUCAACAAUGAUGAAGUAGUUGGGUGGCUGGUUUCAAUCAACACCAUUCGCGGCCAGAUGCAGGAGGUUCAGAAGCUAUUGAAGCCAAGAUUGAGAAAGGCGAUAUCCAUUCUUUCGGACGACAUACCCGAAAACGACAUCGUUGGUCUAUUCGCAAUCCACAUGGCUACUGCAGCAUGCAAGGACCUGAAAAAUGCAGCCAUUGCCUUGUCUCUUGUCGGCCAACCGGACUUGGUCACAGAUGCUUUGCUCUUCAGAGAUGAAGACAAAUAUGUACCAGAAGGAAUCAACGGAGAGCAGCUGUGGGACAGGUACAACAAUCUGGCCGAACGAACGAUCAGCAUCGCGAUGGCGAAAGUACCUGACGCUGCAGCACAAAGUCGAAGGAUACAGUUUGCCAAGUUGUACAUUGAGAAAGAGACCGAGGCCUUGAAAACCCCCGAAAACGACAUAAUGCCAAACGAUGAAGAACGUGCAACCAUCAUGGCUGCUCAUCAGUUGAUCAAAGACCGCCUGCAUCGGGUAGAUACCAAAAAGCCAGAAAUACCCAUUCAGUGGUCUUGUGACGGCCGCACUGAAGAUGGCAAGCAAUGCAAAAAACAAUCCGACUUCGGCGAGGAGUUUUAUCACUGUCUUUACUGUUGGCAAAGAGACUUUUGUCGAGAUUGUCUAGUCCGUCUACGCGACCCCAACUCUAAUGUUAUCACUGUAUGCAAUGGGGGACACGAAUGGAUGCUAACACCACCCCAAGGGUCAAGCUUCUAUCUAGGAACACGAGCAAAGACUGUAAGGAAACCGAGCAGUGUUAAACCUGUCUCGGGUGAUAGACAAAUCUUGGAAGCGCGCUACGAUCAGGACACAGAGGGUGUCGGUUCGGAGAUGACUACAAAGGAAUGGAUACACAGUAUCAGAGACAGAUAUCUUCAAGGUGACCUAAAAUUGGAGUAG